UCCAGGAAGUAUCCCUGGGAGACUGGCUGAUGAGUACACUGUUUUCUAUUACUCUUUAGGAAACGUUUUCUUGUAAUCUAACACAAUAGAUUAUAAUCCUAUAAUCAUAGUGCGCUAUAGCUGCCGCACUAGCGUUGUGCUAAAAACUGAAGGCAGCGCGAUGAAGAUGGCAGUCCUGCUGCACUCGCUCCAGCAGCACAGCGGUGAUGUGAACUGCUGCUCCCUCUCAGCAGAGCUUUUGGCCACCUGCUCUGGCGACAAGACUGUCCGCGUUUAUUCCUCCAGCGACUUCUCUGAGCUGCCUUUCUCUCCUCUCACUGGACACGGCUACGGCGUUCACUGCUGCUGUCUCAGCGCCUGCGGCACCUACCUCGCCUCCUGCUCCACAGACGCCCUAGUCAUAUUAUGGAGCACUACAACAGGUGGGGUGAUGGCCAAACUGGAGCAUCCGGGUAGGAGCCCCGUCAGGGUGUGCUGUUUCUCUCCGGACUCGGCCCUGUUGCUGUCUGGCGCCUCCGACGGCACUGUGGUGCUGUGGGGAGUCCGGGAGAAGACCCUGAGGAGAUCUAGUAUGGUAUGUGAGGGCACUGUGGUGGCCUGCACCUUUUCUCCCUGUGGGCAAAUGUUUGUAACAGGCUCAACUUUGGGAGACUUGCGUCUCUGGAACCUUACCAUGAAACAGAUGCGUGCUGAGAAAGAUGCUCAUGACCUGGGAGUCAACUGCUGCCACUUCUCCCCUCAAACAAAUAUUGAGGGCCAGACGACGAAAUUUCGAUUGGCUUCUGGUGGGCAGGACAGCCAGCUGAAAAUAUGGAUCAUUUCCCACUGUGCAACAGCAGGUUGCAGUAUGAGGCUAGUACACACUCUCACUGCGCAGCUGCUCCCUGUUCUGUGCUGUGCUUUUUCAUUUGAUGGACAAAUGCUUGUAUCUGGUUCAGUGGAUAAAACAGUGGUUGUGUACGAUGCAAAUCAGGGCAUUGUACUUCACUCUCUAUUGCAGCAUGAACGAUAUGUGACUGCGUGUGCCUUCUCCCCCACUGGGCUCGUCUUGGCCACUGGCUCCAUGGAUAAAAGAGUUAAUAUUUGGAGGAUUGGUGAUGCCAUAUCAACUGUUCUACCAAAAGCAGUGAGUCAAGGAAGGAAGUCGCUCGGUCACUCCAGAAAGAUGGUCACUGAUUGGACGGAGGAGGAUGUGGGUGCAUGGCUGCAGGAAGAGGGACUGGGUGUACUUGUGAACACAUUUAAGGCCAACAACAUCGAUGGACCUGAGCUCAUCACCCUCACCAAAGAGACACUGAGCACUGAUCUGAAUAUUGAGUCACUGGGUCUUCGAGGUAAAGUUAUGAGGAAGAUUGAGGAGCUGAAAUCUGCUGUGAUUGGCUCUGAUGUCCCAGAUGAGUUCCUGUGUCCAAUCACUAGGGAGGUCAUGAAGGAUCCAGUCAUGGCUGCAGAUGGCUACUCUUAUGAGAGAGAGGCUAUCGAGAGCUGGAUCAACACUUCAAAUCACUCCAGUCCUAUGACAAACUUACCUCUUCACAGCACUAUCCUCACUCCCAACAGGACUCUAAAGAUGGCCAUAGACCGCUGGAAGGCCACUCAGUGACUGCAACUGCAUUAAGAAGCCUCCUGCUCGAGCUUUCAGUGAAUUAUUUUACAAAAUAUUUUAACACAUUUUGUGUUAAAAGUAACACAAAAAUGUGUUGUUCUUAACUGAGCACGUCAAUGAGUCCAGUUCAUCUGUAACAGUGUAGUAGCUUGUAGACUGGAGAAUCAGCCAUUGGGCUUCAUUUACGCAUGUAAUACAGAAUUAUUAAUAAAAAGUGCCCUAAUCUUUUGAA